AACAGAGUUCGCCCGCUAGAACUUCAGAACACCUGCCAGCCCGAGCUUUCGAGUGAAGGGCUUGGCUGCAGCCCCCUGGGGCUGGCAGCUGUGUUCCCCAAGUGCCCCUUCCCUGUUACCCCACCAGUACCCAUAACUCAUGUCUGCUGUCUGCUGAGCACCCUGGGCAGUGGGACUUCCAGGCUCUGGCAGACAGAGACCCCAGAGCGGAAGGAGCUCCUCGUCACUGUCACUGUACUGCAGAUGAGCAGGCAGAGCGUUGGGGACGUUAACGAGUCGCUCAGCAUCUUAACAUCUAGGUUGGAUUAGAACCAAGUCCCCUGACUCAGGGCCCAGGCCCAUGCACCACCCGGGCUAGAGCUCUCGAUGGGGAAGAACUUACAUGCAGGGCAAGAACCGUGUGGCACCGAGGCCCAGAGGGGAAGUGGUAACGGGACGGAAGGCCAGGUCUCCACACUCACUCAUCUGUGGGAAAGCACAAAAGCAAGAGAAAUCUGGUGGAGGGCAGCGGCUUAGCGGUGCUCUGUGGGGGACCUGGGCCAGCCCUCAAGGUGGACUCAAGGUGGACUCAAGGCAGCCCAGACGAGACCUCACCGCGCAGCCACUGGCAACCGACCUCUGUCCUCACGCCUGCAUUUCCUGCAUCCCCCACAUUGCCCCAUUCUGGACGAUGAGCAGAUCUCGGCAGCUGCAUGAAUGAGCCACAGAUGCCAGUCACCGCCAUGCCAGGGACCCCCUUCUAGGCCGGAUUGCACAUAGGAUGAGAAAGGAGAAAGGAGCUCAGGAUCAAACGAGGCCCAUCGCUGGGACUCGAACCCCACACUCCGCUGCCGUAAGCCUUGCAUCCUGAUUUGGUUUUAUGGUUUAAAACUAGAUGUCCUCCACGAGCCUCAUGCACUCAUAGGUGGGACUCCAGCCUCCUGGAAGCGAGCAGCUUUCCUGUGCCCAGGCUCUUCUGCGAUCAAGGACUGAAACUUCUAAAAUAGCCGGGGAAGCCUGGGGAGAGGCGGGCCCCAUGGAGGGCUGCCAGGAGACGGAGGUGGCCAAUGGCUCCAUGCCCAACUCGGACUUCGACCCCACGAAGAGCUACAUGGUCUUGAGUGGUCCCCAGAGGAUAGCGGUUGCGGUGCUGUGCACGCUGCUGGGGCUGCUCAGCGCCCUGGAGAACGCGACUGUGGUCUAUCUGACACUGUCCUCCCACCGGCUCCGCAGGAAGCCCUCAUACCUGUUCAUUGGCAGCUUGGCCGGAGCUGACCUCCUGGCCAGUAUGGUUUUUGUCUGUAGCUUUGUUAACUUUCACGUCUUUAAUGGCAUGGACUCCGACACCGUCUUCCUGCUGAAGAUCUGCAGCGUGACCAUGACCUUCACAGCCUCUGUGGGCAGCCUGCUGCUGACCGCCAUCGACCGCUACCUCUGUCUACGCCACCCACAGACAUACAGAGCUCUGCUCACCCGGAAGAGGGCGCUGGCGGCCCUGGGCAUUAUGUGGGUCAUCUCGGCGCUCGUAUCCUACCCGCCACUCAUGGGAUGGACAUGCUGUCCCAGACUCUGCUCUGAGCUUUUCCCGUUGAUCCCAAAUAACUACCUGCUGAGCUGGCUCCUGUUCAUUGCCAUCCUCUUCUGUGGCAUCAUCUACACCUAUGGCCACGUCCUCUGGAAGGCCCAUCAGCAUGUAGCCAGCCUUGCCAAGCACCAGGACAAGCCGGUGUCAGGAAUGACCCGGAUGAGGCUGGAUGUGAGGUUGGCCAAAACGCUGGGGCUCUUGUUGGCUGUGUUGUUUGUGUGCUGGUUCCCCGCCUUGGUCCUCAUGGCCUACAGCCUGGCCACCACGCUGGACAAUAAGGUCAAGGAAGUCUUUGCUUUCUGCUCCAUCCUGUGCCUCGGCAACUCCUUGGCGAACCCUAUCAUCUACGCCUGGCGCAGCAGGGAGGUCUGCUCCUCUGCCCGGCACCGCCUGGCCAACUGGAAGAAGUGCCUAAGGGGAUUCAAGCCAGAGGGAAAAGAAGAAGCCCCCAGGUCCUCCAUGAAGUCCUCCAUCACGGAGACAGAGGCCGACAUGAAAGUCACACUGGGCUGGCCUUGAACUCACAGCAAUCCUCCUGCCUCAGCUUCCCAAAGGCUGAUCACCUGUGUGCACCACCGCCCUUGGGAUGCCAUAUACUUUAAAUCACCUUUGGAUGACUUGCGAUACCCAACACAAUGGAAAUGGUAAACAAAUAGUUGUUAUACUGUAUUGCCUAGGAAUAAUGAUAAGAAAAUAAAAGUCAGUAUAUGUGUUUAGUACAAAGGGAGGCAGUGCACCCUCCCCCCGGCCGUACUGGGGACUGAACUCAGGUCUUCACACUGAGCUACGUCCCCAGCCCUUUUUAUGUUUUCAUUUUAAGGCAGGCUCUUGGGGCUGGGGAUUUAGCUCAGUGGCAUAAGCACCUGCCUUGAAAGCAGGCAGUGGUGAGUUCGGUCCCUGGUACCGAUAAAAACGAAAAAAAAGCCAAAAACAAAAAAAGACAGGGUCUCUCUAAGUUGUCUCAUUGUCCGGGCUGGUCUGAUGUUCAGUUUAUGGUUUUGUAUUUUCUUGUAGCAAAUUUCCUCUGACUGGGUGAUUUGUAAAGCCAGAAAAUGCCUUUCUUCAGUGCAUGCCAGCUUUUGGACUUAGGCUCACGCUAAUCGUGCUGAAAUUUCAUCAAUCAUGCGUGCAAAGUCCUUCCUUCCUGUUCACUCCCAGGAGGAGGAAGUGUGUAGCUCUGUCAUGCUAGGCUGCCUUCUCCCAGGAGCAACACAAGAGCAGAGAAAGGCAUUGAUACCACAUCUGCUGAGAUUGGAUUCUGGUUCCAUUUUGGUGCAAACCAGCUGCAUAUCUUAGACAGCUCCCUUCCCUACUCUGGGCCUCAGUUUCCCACUCUGUAAAAUGGGAGGGGCAGGGAAGAGAAAAGUGCCAGAGCUCUGCAAGCUUCCCUCCAGCUCUGACAAAUUGCCCUUACCACCGAUUGCACCACAUGUGGUCAUGUGGCUUCUGAUUUGUGUUUCCUGCACUGGUGGACUCCACAUGAUGCACACACAGCCUGUGGGAGCCCUGGAGGAUUUCCCAUGAGCCUCUACCACUGAUCUGCAUCCCAGCUCCUCCAGUUAGAGGUUACACUCUUGUUUCUUUGCUGGUUUGAGACAGGUCUGGCCAGAUAGUCCAGGUGUUUUCAAACUCUCAGUGAUCUACCUGCCUCAGCCUCCCAAGGGCUGAGGUUACAGAUGUGUCCACUACACCCCACAAAUGCUACACUCUGAAGUGCCUCAAUUCCCAAAGCGACCUCAAUAAACACUAGCAAAACGAUCAUACCCGCUCUUUCAGUGCCCACUUUCCCUCUGCUCCCCUCUCAUGAUGCGUUCCCCAUCAUCGAUCUACCUCAUUAUAUCUUCCGGGGCUGUUACAACACCCCUCUAAUCUCGUUGGCCCAUCUCUGGGCUUUUCUCAUCAAUACCCAGCUGAAAAGCUUCCGAUGGUGGGGCCUGAUGGCACACACCUAUGAUGCCAACAUUUGAGAGGCUGAGGUGGGAGGAUUGCUGAAAGAUCCCGUGCCCUCGCCCCCCCCCCAAAAAAAAACUAGACCAAACCAAAAGCGCCUUCUGGCUCCUUAAUUCCCCACCAAGUAAAACUCGUGAUCUGGCCUCAGCCUACCGCUGGAGUAUGGUUGCACAAGUGAACUCACAAAUUCUCAGCACACUCUGAGCCCCCUCACCUUCAAGACUUACCCCCCCCCCAAGUCAAGUCCUUGCUUUUGUAAAACUCUCCUUAGUCCAUUAGGAGCGCGGCCCAGGCUUCCUUGAGAUUUGCCCGCU